UUUUUGUUGAGAAGUAAAAGUUCAAUUUUUAAAUUAUUUUUUUUUCGGGAUUGUUCCCGGGAUUCCAGGAUAGACAUACCGAUCUUCGAAAAUCCCGGGAUUACGAAAAUCAUUCGGGAUUGACACCCCUAGUAGCAAACUUGUGUGAAAUAUUCAUCAAAAUUCGAGCAGUACUUUCCAAGCUACAGAGGGGUCACGGAUUAGCGGACAGAUAGACAGACAGGGAAACCGACAGAAAUGAGUGACAUGCUUUUUCGUUAUGUACAUGUCAUAUAGCAUUCAAAAAACAUAAUAUCUCAAUUUCGAAAUAUUUACAAUACUUUCUCGCCAGUUGGCGUAGGAAGUCGAAGCAACUGGCGUAGAGAAUAUUUUUAUUUUUACUCCUCUAAGGGAAAACUUGCCAGGUUUUAAGUCACUGGCUUUUUUUAUGUACUGGUUAAUCUUCCAGAAGCCAUUUCACCUCAAAACUCAUCUGCUAUUACGGCAGUAUCGAAUUAGGAGUGCGAGAUAUAACCGCAAAGUUCUGUAGAUAUCUCGGCAGAGUUGACUCGAUUUAAAAUAAUAUUUCAGGUUAACGGAUUAGUGGGCAAUCCCUCGCCGCCAUCCUACGUUCCUGAUUAUACUUCAAACUAUCCCAUCGAAAUGGACCUGUUCCAGAGAACCUGGAAUCUUGUGAUGACAUCUGCGGCGUACAUUAACCUGCGACUGAUAUUCUAUCCCAAGCAAAAAGAGAUCGCCGAACAGCUCAUUCCGAGCAAAUUCGACUUUGACAGUGCUUUGUACAACGUUUCAUUGAUUCUUUGCAACUCCCAUGAGAGCGUCAAUCAACCGGUACCGAUGGUACCGAAUAUGAUACACAUCGGCGGAUAUCACGUAAAACCUCCCAAUACGUUGCCGCAGGAACUUCAGGAGUUCAUGAACAGCGCACCAGAUGGUGUUGUAUAUUUCAGUCUAGGAUCUUGCGUUAAAUCAUCGGAGAUGGACGAAGAAAGGAAACAAAUUAUUCUAAAGGCAUUUGGAAAAUUGAAGCAGAAAGUAUUAUGGAAAUGGGAUGAAGACGCGAUUCCUGGUAAACCGGAUAAUAUCAAACUGGCAAAAUGGCUUCCCCAGCAAGAUCUGCUAGCACAUCCCAAUAUGAAACUUUUCGUCACUCACGGGGGCCUUCUCAGUAACUUUGAAACCAUCUACCACGGAGUGCCUGUUUUAGCCCUUCCGAUUUUUGCUGAUCAAAAAUUGAACGCCGCCAGGAUACAGGAAGCAGGUUAUGGAAAAUACGUCCUGUUGAGAGAAAUCACAGAGGAAAAAUUGGAUCAGGCACUGCAAUCGUUGCUCAAUGAACCUAAGUAUAAACAGAAUGCUGAAAGAAGAUCCAGCAUCUUCCACGACAGGCCGGUGAAACCAAUGGACCUAGCAAUUUACUGGAUAGAAUACGUGAUCCGUCAUAAAGGUGCAGAGCAUUUAAGAGUCGCAGGUGCAAAGCUUCCUUGGUAUCAGUAUUAUAGUUUGGACUCUAUUACGCUUAUAUUACUAGUCAUAAUGUCUCCAUAUUUUUUACUCAAACUAUUAUUUAUUACUCUGAAGAGAAGAAUUGUUAAAAUAAAAGAAGAAUGAUGAAACAAAACAGUUUUUUUGUGCUUUUUGGCUACCCCUCAGCGCGGUCUAUACUUGGGUCUUUCGAACAAGGAACGAAAGCACAGCAACUGUCGAUA